UUCCACUCCAAGGUCGCCUGUCAGCCCAGAGCCCGACUGGAUUUAAGCGAGGGAGGGGGAAAUGGGAGGACCUGAUAGGGUUGUUGUUCUAGCUGUGCUGUAUUGUAAAUGGAGAAUGGCUCUUUCUCCGAUUAGUCUUGAGGGGCGGGGGGCAGCUCCAUAAAUGCAACAAGCUCAAGCACGGAAGUUAUGCAAUAGACAGCUGUCGAAAAACAGAUCUCCCUGACAAGACAAAAUGAAUGCAUCGUCACUGCUUCAACGAUUUCCUCCUUACCAGUUGUUAAAGACUAUUAGGAAAAGUUAUUUGAAUAGUUUUUGUUUGAGGCCUCUUCCAGGAUCUGCUCUUCUGUGUGGUCAGAUGGCUAAUUUGCUGCAGCCCCAUUUUGUAAGGCAAAUGAUGAUAUCUUCGAAGGGUUUGAAGACUGGCUGGUGUUGUCCUACAGUAGCAGAACAGCAAAUGCAGGAACUCUCUGCUAAGGAGCAAAGACUGUUAGAUAAACUGUACAAUGGACUUGUCCACGGGCACAGGGCCUGCUUGGCGGAAGCCAUUACUCUUGUAGAAUCCACACACAGCAGGAAAAAGGAGAUUGCACAGGUGCUGCUUCAGAAGGUACUAUCCUACCACAGAGAGCAAGAACAGUUAAAUAAAGGAAAGCCACUAGCCUUUAGAGUGGGAUUAUCUGGGCCCCCUGGUGCUGGGAAAUCAACAUUUAUUGAAUGCUUUGGGAAAAUGCUCACAGAAAGAGGACAUAAAGUAUCUGUGCUGGCAGUUGAUCCUUCCUCUAGUACAAGUGGUGGAUCCCUCCUGGGUGAUAAAACCCGAAUGACAGAGUUGUCAAGAGACAUGAAUGCAUACAUCAGACCGUCUCCAACCAGAGGCACCCUGGGUGGUGUGACCCGGACCACAAAUGAAGUCAUUCUUCUGUGUGAAGGAGGAGGUUAUGACAUCGUUCUUGUAGAAACAGUAGGUGUGGGGCAAUCAGAGUUUGCUGUUGCUGAUAUGGUUGAUAUGUUUGUGUUGCUGUUGCCACCAGCAGGCGGUGAUGAAUUGCAGGGAAUCAAACGGGGGAUUGUUGAGAUGGCCGAUCUCGUUGCUGUAACCAAAGCUGAUGGAGAUUUAGUUGUGCCAGCGCGGAGGAUUCAAGCAGAAUACAUCAGCGCACUGAAGUUACUCCGUAAGCGCUCUAAAGUUUGGAGCCCAAAGGUCAUGCGGAUCUCUGCCAGGACUGGAGAAGGCAUCUCCGACAUGUGGGAUAAGAUGACCGAAUACCGAGAACUCAUGCUUGCAAGUGGCGAGUUGAUCACCAAACGGCAGAGGCAGCAAAAAGUGUGGAUGUGGAAUGUAAUUCAGGAGAGCAUGCUGGACCAUUUCCGGAGUCACUUCGCAGUGAGAGAUCAGAUUCCCCUUCUGGAGGAGAAGGUGGUCAGUGGGAUCCUGUCUCCAGGGCUGGCUGCAGACCUAUUGCUGAAAGCUUUUAAAGGGAGAUCCUAACACUGAUAUCAAAUAUAUAGAUCUGUUUUGUGGUUGCUAUUUGGCAUCUUUUUAAAAAUACUUCAAUGACCUUCACACUUUGCCUGAUAAAAACAGUGACCUGAAAAUGUAAGUCACACAAUACAGGGCUCUAGAGAGGUGUUGCAUUAUUGGUGGGAAUUCAUGGAUAAUCCGCAGGAGACAAUGGGGCUGGGUUUGCAUUGCAGUGCAUAUAUUUUUACGGUGGUCUGACAAUGGGUAUUGUGAGAAGAGACAUAGUUCUUGCAGUUUUUAUUGUUAGAACUCUCCAGCUAAUUGUACAAUCACUAUUUACUGUUCAUGUGGUAAAUGGGUUUGUUUUUCACUUAAUACAAGUCUUCAGUUUCAUUUUUACAGCUCCACUAAGGUAGUCUAGAUUAAAAGAUAUGUGGCCCAAACCUUGACAUAAACCACACAAGCAAAAUACUUUGUCGUGGCAGAGUUAUUGACUUUGGUCGGGAAAGGGUGGGUAAAGAUCAAAUUAAUAAUGGCCGAUUCUCCACUUAAAAAAAAACCUCUGAGGCAAACCGCUCUCCUUUGAAUUGCUGCUUUUGAGCGCGAAGUCUUACUCCCCACCGCAGGAACGCGUCUCCUGUCUUCUUUUUAAAAAACCCUUUUCUGUCCCCGUCUUUGCAGCAGGGCGCAAGGGCAGAGGGAGGGAAGGGAGCGUUUGGGGGCAGCUUCCGAAGCUUCUGUCUUGAAACUGGCAGUCACACCCCCGGGCUUCCCCCUCCCCCGCGCAGAGCACAGGGUGUUAAAAAAGGUGCUGUUCCAUCCAGAAACAGAAAUACCGCACGCUGAGGGGGAAGGAGAGUGGCAGAUUCGGGGUUGCUGUGCUGCCGCCACUGGCACAGUGGGGAGUGCAGCGGGACCCCUCGUUACUUGCCACGAGUAGCACGCAACAAAAAGGUAAGUGGGGAAACGACCAAUAAUGAUAAUUGUACCACUGCCUCAAACCAGUAGCAACCCCUGAUCCUGUGAAUGUUGCUUAAAAUGAACCAUUGUUCACACCCCAAAUGAUUGUAAAUUGGAGCCACCAGAAGAGCUCACAGGAGGUAUUAGUGGGAAGUCUUUACCUGCCUUUCCCAAAACUUCUGUCUGAUGUUUAGGAGAGCCAAAGGGCAAAAGAGCUGCAGCACUGAUCGGGAAUCAAGUCAAGUUGCCUCUCUCUGUCUUCUGCUGAUGCAAACUGCAAAUGAUAGAGGAGGUAAAUGGGGAGAUCACUUCAUUUCCCAUUAUUAUAUUCCCCAUCAUCCCUGCAGCCCACGUGACCUGUGCGGGGGUCAUAUUGCCUGUGAGAAUGUCUUGAUCCUCAAGAGAGGAGUUUUGGGGACCAAUAGCAGAAGGCCAGUGUCAGGGACGGAGCGAGGGGGGAAAGCACCCAGUGCGCUGGUGCAUCCGCCAUGCUCACGCCACACCAUGCCCCCGCAGGAGCGUGUGCCCAGUGCAUCACAUACCCUCCCUGCCCCCCUGGAGCUACGCCUCUGGCCAGUGUGGUCUAGUGGCUAAGACUCUAAUCUGGAGAACCAGGCUCAGUCUCCCACUCCCCCUCAUGAAUCCAGGACGUUGGGCCAGUUACAGCUCUCCCAGAUCUCUCUCAGCCCACACAAUGGCAAAGACCCCUACAGGGUCGCCAUAAGUCAGUUGUGAUUUGACAUCACUUCCCACCACCACCACAGAAGGCUGCUUGAAAGAGUGAAGAAGGAUUCACUGCAGCUCCUUCGUUCCUUCUUCUGCUGGGUGCAACCCCAGGUCUUUGUACGUGAAUAGGCCUCACUUAGUUCUUUCUGCCUCUUAGAGGACUCUGAUCCUCACUGUACUCAUUUUGUUGCUCACUUCUUAGAGGCUGUGGAGAAGAGUCAAAGGGAGUGUUUUUAUGUAUGGGUCUUAUUUAAGUUUUAUGGUUUUAUAGUUCAAGACCUCAGUCUUGAAAGAAGGAAGAUAGUUCCUUCUGCCACAGGUUAUGCGGGCUGUCUCCACUUGGUAUGGAGUUUGAGUGUAUAGGCCUCAGCUCAUGUUACAUUUGCAUGCUUGUGAUUAAGGCCAGAACACAGCUGAACUUGCUUCUGAAUAAAUGUGUGUGAUCUGUAACUUUUUGGUUUGAUUUGUGUGACACCUGUAGUGUCCCUGACAUACAAUUAAUGCCAGAUACCUAAUGGGAAACUUCAUAGGCAAUCUUGGAAGAAGCGGCUCAGUUUAACUACAAGAACAAGAGAUUUCAAAGAAUGUGGGGAAAACCUCACAUUGCAGAUGCUUCCAUGGGAAUACAGCAUGCAGUACGAGAAAUUUAAAAAGGCUCUAAGCAUCACCAUAUCUCUAAAAUCUCACACUGUUGCUGCUUUACAUAUAGCACAUUUACAACUGAGCAGAGCUAGCACUUUUCUAAGCCUGUGGAUAUAGAACUCUAGAAAGGAGUUCACUCUUGCUAUCCUUUAGUCAAGGUUUCUUCCCUCAGAUCUGAUUUUCUCCUUCAAAUAUGGUUGCUUGAAUGACCUACUGUUGUCUGCCUGUUGCAAUAUCAGUGUUUUCCCUCAUUAGGAAGUUUUUCUCCCCUGUAUAUCUAAUCUGCACUGGUCCUUUGUAAGUCCAUUACUUCCUGUAAUACAAGCUUGGGUAGCCUUUAAUAUAUCUCGCCCUUCUGCCUGUCGCUUCCUGAUUUCUGUAGGGCUGCCGUGUAUAUGCUGCCUUUUCCUUUCCAAUUGCCCAGGAAGUCUUGUUUCAUGCAGUUAUUCUAAUUUGGCACUGCUGUUUUUCUUGUUCUGCACUAAAAUAAACAAGUAACUU